AUGUUGCCUGCAGCAAAACUGAGCAAGAAGCAGCUGAAGGAGAAGCUGGAUGCCCUUCAGUGUCACUUCACCUGGAUGUUGGGUGUUGAAUCUCACAGUCCUCAGCAUCUCCUGCAGAAGCUGGAUGUUGAGAUCAAGCAUACAGCCCACCAGAACCAGCUGGCCCUCCUGGGGCUCCAGGCAUACCUGCACCAACUGAAUAACCAGAGCAAGGAAGCUCUGCAGAGCCUCAGAGCUGCUGAGGGACACAAGGAAGAGGAGCAGCUGGCAUCUACUGCUGGCUCUUUGGUCAUCUAUGGGAAUUAUGCUUGGGUUCAUUACCUUCAGGGCUCCUACCAGGAGGCUGAAACCUGCCUGGAACGAGUUCAGCAGCUCUGCCCAACUCCUUGGGAUGUGCGGCUGAUCCCGCACAUCCAGGCCCAGAAGGGCUGGUCCCUCCUGGCUAUCAGAGCCCGAAACGGGGAACGGGCAAGAGAGUGCUUCAACAUGGCCUUGAUGCUUGAACCACAGAACAGAUCUUUCCGUACUGGGCUUGCAAUGGCUCUUUAUUCCUCCUGGAAUUCCUCCUGGCAACCUGAUACUGAAAGAGAAGUCAGAAUCCAGUUGGAAAGAAUUGUCAAUGAGCAGCCAGAUAACUACAAAGCCAAAAUAUAUUUGGCCAGGCUACUUGAACAAGUAGAUGGAGAAAGGUCAAUUGGCUUGGCCAAAGAAUGUGCAGAGAAAAGCUCUGACCCAGAGGUCCUCAAACUAUCAGCUUUUUUCUGGAUGCCACGGUCGACAGAGCGAGCGCUUGAGAUCAUCCAGCGAGCCCUGCAGCAGGAGCCAGGUUACCAUCUUCUCUACCAGGCCCUGGCCAACUGCUACAAGCAACAGUGGGUUAAAGCAAAGGAGGAAGACAAGGAUAAGAUACGGCGUAAAGCCAUCAAGGACCUCCAGAAAAUUGUGAAGACACAUCCAGACCUUGACCUUACACUUGCCAAGCUUCAGUUGGCAGAGUUCAUUGGUGCAGAAAACCCAGCAAAGGAAAAAGAGAUCUACAUGGAACUGGAGAGGAAAAUCAACACCCUGAGCCUCAGAUGCCGUCAAGCCCUGAGUCGCUCCUGGGGAAAGUACUUCCUCUACCGAGAGAGAUCCCUGGAGAAGGCAAAAGCCAAGUUCAUGGAAUGUUACAACAUUCCCCUGCAGACAGACCACAGGCAGGACUGUGGGCGCAGGCUGGUGAAGAUGGCUGGCAUCUACAAGAGCAAGGGUAACACCCAGGCUGCCAGCGCCAUCUACCACUUCUUCCAAGAGGCCGACCGGCACUGCCCAAGGAACCUGCUGCACUCGGUUUAG